AUGUCACGAACGUCCACAGAAGUACGGCGCCCCGCAUCAAUCUACCAGACAGUAUCCAAAUCUACUGGAGUAAUCCUGUCCACUUCCCCUGAGCAGGUAACGGGUGCUUCUCACAAUGUCUCGCGAGAGAACCUGACGGGCGAAAUUUCUACCAAUGCGCCGGGUGCGACCCAGAUAUCCGCGCUCAAAGCAGUGAUUAUCAUUGCAACAGCUUCGAGCAUGACGCUCAUGAAUUCGUUGCUCACGGGUAUUUUAACCGUGGGGCUACCUGUGAUUGCAAAGGAUAUUGGACUGGCCGAGAACCUGCUACUCUGGCCGGCAUCAGUAUAUGGCCUAGCAUGUGGUUGCACCCUCCUGCUCUCUGGCUCAGUGGGAGAUGUAGUUGGUAGCCGACCAGUUUAUCUUGCGGGAUGCGGCCUGCUCUCUGCUUUUACCUUAGGCUGUGGCCUUGCUACAACAGGAAUUCAACUUAUUGUCUUCCGUGCGAUCUCGGGUGUCGCCCUGUCUCUUAGCCUUCCCAGUGCUGUAUGUAUCAUUACGACAACGUUUCAGCCUGGGAAACGGAGAAACAUCGCCUUUGCAUGUCUUGGUGCGGCUCAGCCUGUAGGAUUUUCCCUGGGGAUUGUGCUUGGAGGCGUGCUCAUUGCGGGAAUUGGAUGGAGAUAUGGUUAUUAUAUCGUUGCCGCGUUGAACAUUUGCAUUCUUCUCAUUGCGGUUUGGCAGAUCCCGAAGGAUCCUCGAAUGGUCUCGCCAAUUACCUUGAGGCGCUUGUACAAUGAAAUCGACUGGAUAGGAACAAUUCUUAUCAGCUUGUCGCUUGGAAUAUUCUCCUAUACCCUAUCGACAAUGACUGCUUCUAUUCGCGAACUCGUUAAACCGGUCAACCUCUCCUUGCUAAUCCUAUCCCUUGUUAUUUUCGUGGCAUUCAUAUUCUGGAUAUUUCGCCAGGAAAAGCUUGGACGCGUCGCGAUGGUCCCACCCUCCCUGUUCAAAGCAGAUGCGGCGUCUGCACCCCGCCGGGCACGCAACUUCACGGCCAUCUGUAUCUCCGUUUUCUUGACCUGGGCCGUCUUCAACGCCUUCCAGUACUUCACAUCGCUCUACUUCCAGCGAAUCCAAAAUCUGUCAGCGCUCCAAGCCUCCGUCCGCUUUAUUCCCAUGGUCAUCUCGGGCGCCCUGACCAACAUCGCCACUGGCCUCCUGGUUCCUAGGGUGAAGGCCAACGUACUCUGUAUUGUCGCAGCGAUUGUAUCCGCUAUCGCACCCUUGCUUAUGGCGGCCGCCAAGCCUGAAUGGAGCUACUGGACAGCGCCAUUUCUCUCCGUGGCGCUCAUUCCUGUUUCUGCAGACACGCUGUUCACGGUGUCAAAUCUCGUAAUCACUUCCGCCUUUCCUGCUAAAAUGCAUGGCCUGGCGGGUGGAGUGUUUAAUACUAUCUCUCAGAUCGGAAUGUCUGUCGGCCUCGCCGUUACUGCCGUUGCAGCGAAUGCUGUUACCGGUGAUGUGGGGGCUGGCGACGAGGGUGACAGAAACGAGAUGGUGGUCGAAGCAGUCCUGAAGGGGUAUCAAGCGGCGUAUUGGAUGAGUUUUGCGGCGGGAGCAGUGAUUGUGGGCUUGAGCUGGUGGGGGCUGAGAGGGAUAGGCCGGAUCGGUCUCAAGAGCGAUUAG